AUGGACCAAUAUGUUUUCACCUUUCCUCCCACCACCUUUGGCCCCACAGGAGGUGAUUCCGCAUGUCUGACUCCAGGGUUCAACUUGUAUAAUUUCCGGAAUCUGUCCGAUGUGCCGUUCCCUCCCAACGCUGCACAAUCGCCUCCACAGCCUUUGGAAUUGCACAACCCAUCCUAUGGUUAUCCUGCACUGGACCCCACUCUCUUAGCCAUUUCCGUCCCUCGGCUCGAGUCAUCUCUGACUUCGAGACCCGCCCUACCUUCAUCUACUGCUCAAGUAAUGGCGUCCGCACAUGUCCCAAUUUCUUGCACCGCAGUAGACCAUCAUCCGGACACCACGCCUGCCAAGACUGCCCAUUCAAAUGCUACCUUUGUCCCCAGCGUGACCACCUCUAGUACACAUCCCAAUAACGGCACACCCAACGUUUGCAAUGGCAGAGUCUCGGUGGUUAAAGUGGCAGGCAACAAGUCCACUUGGGCUACCCGAAACCCUGGACGGCCAGUCAUGCAGCCUCAUCAGCCACUCUCCGCUGUGGAGAAAGAUCAUCGCAGCGCGCAUGCAGCAUCAAGGCAAAUUUCUGCAGCACAACGGAGGGAUCGUGACACACUUCUGAACGAUGCCAUCCAGUCCCUAGCCAAUGAGUUUGAAAUGAAGGUACAGGCCAUUGCAACUACACAUAACGUUACAAGUGAGAAGGUCAAGAAGCUCCUGGGCAGUCACAAAUAUUAUCAGAACCCGUGCAGCACGCAACUGGCCAAUGCCAUUAUUCACGACAAGGCAAACGAGGUUAAUGAAGGUCGCGCUCGUGGGGAGAAGCUCUCCCUCCAACAGAUUCGGGAGUUGGCAAGGGCGGACCCCAAAUACCAGGACAUGACUCAAGAUGAAAAAGAUGAAUUGUUACGUGCCCUCACGGAAUAUCGCACUCUCAAGAACGUGAGUGUUCGUGCUACAAAUUCUGCAGCGGCGUGCGAUGCACAGUCAACCUUGGAGCAUGUUUUUAAAAUACUUGAUGGACUUGCCCUUCGCACUGGAAUAUACGCAUGUCUCUUUGCCACUUGUGGACAUGUCUACAACUCAUCGCAGCCUUUCUGGUAUGGAACCGAUAAUGUCAUGGACUUUUGGGAGGAUGUUAUGGACCUCGAACCCAACGAAAUCGUUCGUAAACUGGAACAGUGGGCAUGCAUGCAUGGAAAAAACAUCGAGGAGCGCAACUCCGUAGAAGGCAUGCAGCGAAUGUGUGCCCGCAUUCUUAAUUCUGGUCUCCAUGAGUAUUCGUUCUACCUUCUAACAGCUCCUGACAUGCAAGUAUACACAGGUGUUGUUGCCAAGAAAAAAAUGCGAAUCAACUUUGUCAAUUUUGAGGUGGCCAUCAAGGAGAAAUAUGGCAUCGAGCUACUUGGGCGGCCGGAGAGUGUUCCAUUCCAGUCUCCUCACACCACUACAAAUGCUGAACACCUCUGUACCCUUCGUGACAUGCUUAAAGCAGGUACAUGUCAUUGGGUGUACAUGUCUAUGCAACAACGUAUGCAACAUGCGGAUCGACUUAAGGAACGACAAAUUGCUGGGGAAGCAGUUGGAAAACCUCGCAAGAAGUCCUCCGAUGCGGGCAGGAAACGCCGCCGCACAGCACCAGGCAAGGGGAAAGCUCCAAAAAGUGUCGCAUUGAUCGACUCGUCUUUGGAGGACAACAGCUCCACAGAAGAUGAUGAGUAA